CUCCACGGAGCACCUGGCCUCACUUGAAGAGCUGUUCUGGAACAUGGCAGGCACCAGCCCGAAGGCUGCAGCUCUGGAGGUGGACGCCCGCACCUCGUUCACCUCAGGGGGCUCAGAGUGCUAUGUCAACAGCUUGGAUUACUUACUGCAAGAGAAGAGGGAGCAGGCCCUGGAGCAGGAGCAAGAGAAGCUGCUUCUGCAGGACUGUCCUCACCUCGAUUCCUUGGAUCCUGAUGAAGAUGAAGUGCCCCUGGCGCUGGAGCACAGGAAGCUGGUGGAGCGGUUCUCCACAUCACUGCAGGGCAUCCCAGCAGGACACCCUGGCGAGACUGUGUUUGUACCCAUGCAUCACCCCCUGCCUCGCAUGCUGGACCAUUCACGCCUGAAGCCUCGAAGUCACCUGGAAGAGCUGUUCCUCAGCUCCCCGCCGGCCCAGCAGCUCUCAUUCCUGCGCAGCGGCCUCCUGAGUGGCCUCUACCUGCACGUAGGUGAUAGACCUGAGGCCCUGCUCCGGUGGCUGUUCCAGCUGCUGACAUGGCCUCCAGAAACUUCUUUGGGAGCCUUUGGUCUCCUGUGGGACCUCAGUGUGGAUGGGCUCAUCCGUCAAUCUGAUGAGGACACGUACUUGUGGUGCCCCUCGCUGCAAGAGGUCACGGCCGCAUUCCACAGCCUGGGAGCCCGAAGCCCAGCACUGCACCCCCUGGGGCCCUUCCAGCACAGUGGGAGCAAGGCCAACCUGAGCCAGUGUGAGCAGCAGGACACCCCCGGGGAGACGGCCCUGGACAUCAGUCUGAGCCACAUCUGUAAGUUCCUGAUGCUGUGUGCCCUGGCCCAACCAGGGGCCUACCCCGACGGGAGCCUUUUGGGCCUGAUUGAGCUGAUAUGUCAAGCUGGCCUGGAUGUGGGACUCCGCCUACUGCCCAAGACUGACCUCCAGCAGCUCUUGCUCCUGCUCCUGGAGAACAUCCAGGAGUGGCCUGGGAAGCUCCGGCCGCUGUGCUGUGCCCUGAGUCAGGUGUCCGAUCACCACCACAACCUGCUGGCCCUCGUGCAGCUCUUCCCUGACGUGACCUCCCGGAGUAGGCAGCUUCGAAGCCAGCUCAGCCUUGUGGUCAUUGCCCGGAUGCUGGACCAGCAAGAGACACUCCCUCUCUGGCAAGAGAAGGCCCAGCUGUCCUCACUUAUCCAGCUCCUGGGCCUUAUGAGGCCGUCAUCCCUGGGGCAGUACCUGCGUGCUGAGAUCUUGCCACCUGGCCAGGACCAACAGCCAAAGGCCAGUGCCCAGCUGGAUCACAAGGUCUGCUACUUGUGCCACAGCCUCCUGACCCUGGCGGGGGUGGUGGUCAGCUGCCAGGACAUCACUCCAGACCGAUGGGGAGAGCUGCAGCUGCUGUGCAUGCAGUUGGACCGUCACAUCAGCACCCAUAUCCGGGAGAGCCCCCAGGCAAUGUACUGGACCAGACUCAAGGACUUGGCCACCCAGACCUACAUCCGCUGGCAGGAGCUGCUGGCCCACUGCCAGCCCCAGGUUAACUGCAGGUCCUGGCUCCCUUGGAAGUUGGCCAGGAGGUGUUGACUGGAGAAGUCUGCUGUGAACCCUGGGCCCAGCUUCUGUCAGGAAGCAGCCUUGGGAGAGCUGGAGUGGAAGGAGCUCCAGGGAGGGGCCCCUUGACCAAGCGUGGGGGUGACGGGUAGCCUUGCUUUCCAGAUAAGACUCUUGGGUCCAUCUCUAGGGCCCUGGCCUGAGUUGCCAGUGGAUCCUUAGAAAAACUCAGAUGUAGCACGUCUGCCUUUUCUUGACUUGCCCACCAAGGGUUGAAUAAAUGGAGAAAGUCUGACAGUC